GGCCAGGUGCCUGCCUCCAUCUCCCUCCUCCACUCGGGUCUUCACGAUGCCGCCGCCGCCACACGACAUCGCACAUCCGCUCUUCUCCCUCCCCUCGCUCUCGGCGGUCGACGUGCGCUCCCCUGGUGCCAUCGCUUGUGCCCGGCUCCCGCCAUCGCUGGCUCCCCGAUGGACCUCGCGGCUAGUGUGGGGCCAUGGAUCCCCGACGGAUCGAGGGUCGCGCCGCCUCAUGAGAAAAAUCAUCUUUUUGGCUCGAACAGAAAAUACCUGAAGCUUCAAUUUGACAUCGUGUAGCAAUGAAUGCGUGCAAGGAAUGCUCUUUUACAUGUUGAGAAUGAAGAAAAAUUAGAUGUCGUGGAGGCAUCCCAAAACAUGUACUUUCCAUUUUGCACAUUUUAGUCCAAGGUUCAAUACAAACUUUCUCAGAAAACUAUCUCAAACACUACUAAUCGUUGUUGGUCUGCAGGGUUUCAAAUUAGGACUUAGCCAUUUUUCCAUCAGCCUGAAACAGCCUAAUAGUCUUACUUUGAUCCCUUGGGAAAAAAUGUUCUUAUUAUUUUGAGUUUUUGACCUAUAGUCAGGUCCAGAACAUACCCCUGACAUCACACUACUAAUCUGGGACAAAAAUAUGUAGUUCUCCAAAAGAAAAUUGUUUCUAAUCCUGCCCUGAAAAUGUUUGCUGAAAUACUAUUUGGUAAGGUUGCUGCAUAGCUAAAAGGUUCUCCAAAUGAAAAUUAUUCCUAAUCCUGCCCUGAACAACAAGAAGGAAUUCUAUGGUUUCCAAAAAUGAGAAUAUGUUUUUUAUUCGUACAUGAAGCUUCUUAUAUGACCCCUUCCCUCGUAUAGGGAGUUUUUCUUUUUGUAUUCAUACGUGAACUAGUAUUUGUUUUUGUAGCAGCACCAUAAGGAGGAUAUUAUUUACUAAUGUAGAAAUGUUUAUGUUUUAGCAGUUGCCUUGUAAUAUUUGUCUUAAAUUUUCGUACUUUCCAGCUUUAGUGGCUCGCCAACUAAAUCUAGCAUGGUUCCCUGCUUCAUAUAACUAAAUCUAGCAUUAUUGUCUUCUUCUAUUUGUUGUACAAGAAAAGAUAGAAUGGAACUCAAAUUUUGGUGGCCUAACAAGUGUGGAGACUUGAAUUCAUAUAUAUUUAGCACAAAUAGUUCUGACCAAGUUUUUUAAUUAGUAUUAGUUUGGAUUUAGAGUACACUUAUGUAUGAGUUAUUCGACAAUGCUUAUUUAUUAGAUAUUGAAUGGUACUUAUCUAUACUAUAUUAAUUAUAAUGUUAUUAAAUAUAUGUUUAUGUAUAUUUCUCUUUCAAAUUAUUAUAAUAUGGUAUCUGAUUAUAAAUUAAAGAAUUUACUGCCAUGUAAAUCAUUUCGUUUAAAAGUACACAAACUCGGUCCUAUAGCUUACUGAGAACUUUCAUGACCUUUAAUUGUUGAUCAGAGAGGGUAGCUUGAUAGUACCAUAGUCUUUAAACCUGUUUUUAGUGUUUAUAUAUAUAUAUAUAUAUAUAUAUAUAUGUGUGUGUGUGUGUGUGUGUGUAUCUACAUAACAUGAAUAGGACAUAAUAAAUAGCUAUAUUUAGCGUGAAGUAUAUAUGAGAAUACAGACUUGGGCCGGCGACAUGGUUGAAGCUCGUAGUUUUGAAUUGUUGGCAUAAUGAUUUGCCAAUGGAUUCAUUGAGCGAGAUGGCACAGCAAGGUGAGUUUCUGAUUGGACUCCUCAAUGAACUAGCAUGUUGGGCUUUGGCACCUGGAGCAGAGUCAUUCUUCAGGUCCCUUCUGUUAGGAAGGAUUUGGAUGCGCUCCUUGUUUGAGUGCUCCAAAUCUGAAAACCAAGCAGGUAAGAAAAUGUAAAGGCAUUGGUCCAAUCAGUAAUUCCAAGCAUAUUUAGGGCACAUGCAUUUAGGAGUCCAAGUGUCCAACAUUGCUAGAUCAAUAAGAAAUAAAGAUUGAUGAUUCGAAAAAAACUGAAGUAGCUUAAAGAAAUUGUUUGAUUGACAAAUUCGGAUAGCUGUACCUUUGAACUUCCUCUUACUUGGAGGACUUUCAGUGUUUCUUCUAUCUACAGGAAUGUCCUCAGGAGGCUUGGAGCCUUCAUGCUGGUCAAUCUUCCCAAGAAGAAAGGUGUAUUGAGACUUCAAAUGCUUCUAGUUUGUCUUCAGCUGAGUGUAAUCGUCAAUUUAUUCUUACUGUUUUCUAUAAACAUAUGUCUGUGGUAGUAAGAAAGAAGGUAGCUACAACAUAAAUAUGUAAUAGAAUAAUGUCCGGACUCCGUAACAUGCUAUUUCUUAUAUGCUGACAUGCUAUUGUGGCUAUUGUGAUGUUGCAGCUGCAACCGAAACAGUAGCCAGCUGAACAUGCUGACAUGUUAAUGCGGGUGGUCAAGGCUCAGGAUUCAGAGCAGAAGAUACACAUAAAUACUGGUGAAUGAUGCCAUCGACGAUGAUGAAAUGAUCAAACGAUGGAUGAUGCCAUCGAUGAAAGAUGGAAUGGAACUCAAAUUUGGGUGGUCGCACAAGUGUGGAGACUUGAAUUUAUAUAUACUUAGUUAGUCUCAAUGUUAGCACAAACAGUUGAUGAGCAAGUUUUCCCAUUGUAUUUUAGUUUGAAUUUAGAGUACAUUUAUGUAAGAGUUAUUUGACAAUGCUUAUUUAUGAGAUAUUGAAUGAUAUUUAUCUAUAUUAUAUUAA